AUGUAUUCCAUCACGACCUUUUCAAUUUUCAUCAUCAUAUCGGCCAUUGUCAUUGCAUUCACGCAUCAUUCGGUGCAUGUUUCGGCAACUCUGAAAUUGCCCAAUCAUGACUCUCCCUCUACACCACGCUCCUCUCCUGAUCUCAACAAAAUAAUUCAACUCGUGAACAAACUGACUCUUGAUAUUUCUAACGAACAAUCUCAGAAAGAUUUACCAUUUCGAUCCUUUCCAAUUCAAUUUGCAGAACAACAAGGCUUAUUUAAAUCUUAUAUUCAUAUGAAUAAUGCUGGAUCAGAUUUAAAAUCAACACUCUUGAGAAGAUAUGCAAAAAUACCUGACUUGAAUAUGUUUGUUACAAAUUUUGUCGUUUUAGCUCAAAUUGAAUCUCAAUAUCUUAUUGAAAAUUCCAAAUAUAGAAAACAGUUAAGUGAUGUUUUGGAAAUGAGUUCAUUAGAUAUUGCCAUUCAAGCAAUUCUCUCCUAUCAUGACAAUAACUUUAAUGCAUCUGUGCCAGUGUACAACUUUUGGCCACAACGUUUAUUAUCCAAUUCAAAAUAUUAUCAAGCCUUUCCAGUCAACCUAGUGGAGCCAAUGACAGAAUUUGGUAGUAUUGAAAAGUAUUUAGAGGAAGUAUUGAAAGCUUUACAUUUAGAUGUGUUAUUAGAAGAUAUUGAAGAUUUGGCAGCUAGUUUUCAAUUUUUAGCACAAGCAUUUCACAUUCCUGCUGAUUAUGACGAUACAAGUUGCAAUUUGGCACUUGGUUCAAUGCUCUACAAAUACAUUCGUAACAAGAAUCCAAAUCUCUAUGACAAAUGGAAUUCCAAAAACUCAAACAUUCAUUCUCUUUUCAAUGUAUUUGAACAAUUCUCGUAUAGUCCAUCCAGUGCAAAACAAGUACCACCACCAUCAUUCAAUACCAUUUUGGAUUCUAGAAGUUAUUACAUUUUCCAUAACUUUUUAGAACAAAAUCCAAAUAUUCGAUUACCAAUGACUUGGUUGAUGAAUACCAAACAAGAUAGAGAUCGAUAUCCUGCUGUUGCUCAACCAUUCAACGUGAAUAAUAUUGAUUUGAGUGUAUUAACUAAUUUCCUAUUUGGAAUUUCAUCUCAUGCCAUCCAUAGAAAUGAGUUUGAAUUGAAUAAUCAUCCCAUGAUUCAACAAAUGAUGUUAAACGCAUCUGAAAUUAUUAGAUAUGCACUCAUGAAUGAUAUUGAAAUGGAUAGACCUGAUUUAUCUUUGGUGUAUUAUCCAAGUGUUUAUGAUUUUUAUUGGUUCAUUUCAAGAACUAGUUUUCUUUUGAGGAACUCUCAAUAUUCGAGUAAUAAUGUAUUGAGCACCAUUUCAAACACUUUAUACAAGUCAUUGACUACCUAUGUCACUCCAAAGAUUAUCAAGUUGGCACAGAGCACAUCGAAUGGCAAUGAAUACUAUUGGGAUGACUUUUUAGGUGAUUUUAAAGAUAAGAAAUAUGGUGAAGAUCGAUUAUUUUCAACAUCAUUGGCACUCUCAGCCCUCUUAGAUACAUGGACAGAUGAAUAUAGUAGUAGUAGUAAUAAUAAUAAUGAGAAUGGUAUCAAACAACGUAGAUUCAACCCAAACACUCCCACUCAUGUAAAAACUCUCAUUUCAGGAGGUAUUAUAUAUUUACAAGAAAAUUUGUUUGCUUUUUUGGCAAGUCAUGAGAAUGCAUUCUUCUCUGGCUCAGUGAAAGGUUCUAAUGACUACCCAUAUUGGUAUCCAAGUAAUUAUUGUGAAUAUUUGAAUGGUACUAAAAUAAGACCAGUGAAUCAAGAUGAUAUCACCAGUGAGUUGAUUGUUGGUGUUGAAGGAAUUAUUGAGCCAUCCAAAUUGUAUGAUCAAAUGCUGAAAGAGAAGUGGUUUAAUAUGACUGUUCCAACUCAAUUCCAUGGCUUUGCGAAUGAAGGUUUUCCAUUUUGGUCGAGUCCAGCAUUGACUUUUUCCAUGUCUCAAUUAGUAUUUUCUAAAUGGUUGAAUAUGAAUUGA